AGGCUAUUUCUGCAUAAAACCAAGGAUAAAAAAUACAGCCUGGAGGGCGUGGAGGAGUUGGAGAAUGCUGUGUCCGGGCACGUGGUGCUGGAAACUGCCACCAUGAAGAAGGGCCUGGAAGCCCCCUCCGGACACCAGCACCGCCACGCCGCAGGUGAGAAGCGCACCAAGGAGCCAGGAGGCAAAGGGAAGAAGAACCGAAACGUCAAGAUUGGGAAGAUCACGGUGUCAGAGAAGUGGCGGGAAUCGGUAUUCCGCCAGAUCACCAACGCCAAUGAGCUCAAGUACCUGGACGAGUUCCUGCUCAACAAGAUAAAUGACCUCCGUUCCCAGAAGACGCCCAUCGAGAGCUUGUUUAUCGAAGCCACCGAGAAGUUCAGGAGCAACAUCAAAACGAUGUACUCUGUCCCGAACGGGAAGAUCCACGUGGGCUACAAGGAUCUGAUGGAGAACUACCAGAUCGUCGUCAGCAACCUGGCCACUGAGCGCGGCGAGAAGGACACCAACCUGGUCCUCAACCUCUUCCAGUCACUGCUAGAUGAGUUCACCCGUGGCUACACCAAGAAUGACUUCGAGCCAGUGAAGCAGAGCAAAGCUCAGAAGAAGAAGCGGAAGCAGGAGCGCGCUGUCCAGGAGCACAACGGGCACGUGUUCGCCAGCUACCAGGUUAGCAUCCCGCAGUCGUGCGAGCAGUGCCUCUCCUAUAUCUGGCUCAUGGACAAGGCCCUGCUCUGCAGUGUGUGCAAGAUGACCUGCCACAAGAAGUGUGUGCACAAGAUUCAGAGCCACUGCUCCUACACCUACGGGAGGAAGGGCGAGCCAGGCGCUGAGCCGGGCCACUUCGGUGUGUGCGUGGACAGCCUGACCAGCGACAAGGCCUCAGUGCCCAUUGUGCUGGAGAAGCUCCUGGAACACGUGGAGAUGCACGGCCUGUACACCGAGGGCCUCUACCGCAAGUCGGGCGCCGCCAACCGCACUCGGGAGCUCCGGCAGGCGCUGCAGACAGACCCCACAGCAGUCAAGCUGGAGAAUUUCCCCAUCCAUGCCAUCACGGGGGUGCUGAAGCAGUGGCUGCGGGAGCUGCCUGAGCCCCUCAUGACCUUCGCACAGUACGGCGACUUCCUCCGAGCCGUUGAGCUGCCAGAGAAGCAGGAGCAGCUGGCUGCCAUCUAUGCCGUCCUGGAGCACCUUCCGGAAGCCAACCACAACUCCCUGGAGAGACUCAUCUUCCACCUCGUCAAGGUGGCCCUGCUCGAGGAUGUCAACCGCAUGUCGCCCGGGGCCCUGGCCAUUAUCUUCGCACCCUGCCUCCUGCGCUGCCCUGACAACUCGGACCCCCUGACCAGCAUGAAGGAUGUCCUCAAGAUUACCACGUGCGUGGAGAUGCUGAUCAAGGAGCAGAUGAGGAAAUACAAAGUGAAGAUGGAGGAGAUCAGCCAACUGGAGGCUGCAGAGAGCAUCGCCUUCCGCAGGCUUUCGCUCCUGCGACAAAAUGCUCUAUGGCCUCUCAAACUGGGGUUUUCGUCUCCCUAUGAGGGGGUCCUGAACAAGAGCCCCAAGGCCCGGGACAGCCAGGGGGAGGAGCUGGAGGUGCUGCUGGAGGAGGAGGCAGCCGGUGGCGAUGAGGACCGGGAAAAAGAGAUUCUCAUUGAACGGAUCCAGUCCAUCAAGGAGGAGAAGGAGGACAUCACCUAUCGGCUGCCGGAGCUGGACCCAAGGGGCUCAGACGAGGAGAACCUGGACUCGGAGACGUCGGCCAGCACCGAGAGCCUGCUGGAGGAGCGGGCCGGGCGGGGGGCCUCGGAAGGGCCCCCUGCGCCUGCUCUCCCUUGCCCCGGCGCGCCCGCCCCGAGCCCCCUCCCCGCCGUGGCUGCCCCUCCACGACGAAGGCCGUCGUCCUUCGUAACGGUCAGAGUGAAGACCCCCCGGCGGACCCCCAUCAUGCCCACGGCCAACAUCAAGCUCCCACCAGGCCUGCCCUCCCACCUGCCUUGCUGGGCACCGGGUGCCCGGGAGGUGGCUGCCCCAGUGCGGCGCCGGGAGCCACCUGCCCGCCGCCCGGACCAGGUACAUUCCGUGUACAUCACGCCCGGGGUACACCUGCCAACGCAGGGCGCCCUGGAGCCCCUAGAAGAGGAUGGCCAGCCACCUGGGGCCAAGCGAAGGUACUCGGACCCCCCAAAGUACUGCCUGCCCCCCGCCUCGGGCCAGGCCAUGGCUGAGGGCCACAGCUGACAAAGUCUGCAUGUCCGAGGACGGCCCCUGCACUGGAGCUGGGCGCCAGAGCUGCAGAGCUAGUGUUCGGCCCUCAGAGAAGGAUCCAGAAUCAAAAGCUCAAGAGCGACGUGAGGUGGGCACCGGCCCCAAGUGCAGAGUCAAGGCAGGGAGAGGCCGGCUGGAGCCAGGCCCCCCUCGCACCCAGCCCCCAAAUCACCGACGCACCUGCGGGGAGCGCCACAUCUCCGCCUGCAGCCUCACAUCUCCCCACUCCCCUUUUGUACGUUUAACCGUUUCUUUGUACGUGGUUUACGUAACUUUAAACUGUAACAGCCUUAAUGGAAGACCAAAUGGUUUUUUAUAUGUGUAUGUACAAAGUUUUCUAUUAACGCUGCCCGUCUCCCUUAUAACCUGGACUUGAGCUGUCAGAGCGGAGGCCACUAGGCCCCUGUGCGUCUGAGGCUCAGACCCCUGCUAUGGUUGGCUUGGGGUGGCCAGUGGGCUGGGACCCUCCAUGAGAGUUUUGGACACUUGGGCCACCUGACCCGUGCCCGUCUGACACAUGUCUCCGGGGGACAGCCACCUGGCCAAUGUGCAUGUGAGGACGUGCUGGAACCUUCUAUGGGGGUCUAGGCUAUUGGCUGGAGCCAGGACAUGAGUCAGGGGCACCACAGACCUCACAUGCCAGGGAGACUUGAAUGUGGCUGUCACUCUUCCGGACGCCAAGGGCUGCAGGAGGCUGGCUGCUCUUGGCACUACCCACCCCAUGUGACAGAACAGGAGCCAGUGACUCAGGACUGCUCACGGACCAGGAGGGCAAUGCCUGAAGUCAGACCUCCCUACAGGUCAACAGGGACAACCUGGGGAUCUCUGGAGCAGGGCCCUCCUCUCUCAGGCUUGGCCCACUCCCCCAGACACCUGGACACAUGGCCACAAAUCUGGGACAAAGGGCCCUCCGCACGGCGUGAAAUAAAAAGUGCCUGAGAAGUG